GGAGGAGGGGGCAACAGCUGCAAGCGGAUCUUCAACAUCAACAAGCUGCAUCUGUGAGGAAGAAGACGGGAUCUGGAGAGGCCAUUGAACGGAUCUCUGGCUGCUUCAACAACAGGCGAGGUUUAAAAUCAAAUCCUACAAGUGGUGAUGCGAUGGUUUAGCGGAGCAAUUUGGUAGAUUAGACGACGCAGAACGAGAAAUCCCCCCCUCCCUGAAAAAUAAAAAUAGAAACAUCUGGAGGCUUUGUGUAGGGGACAUGGCUGUUUUCCGGCUGUCGCUGCUGCUGCAGGUGGGAUUCGUGCUCGGAUCGAGCCACAUAUCCGCGGACUGGUCAGGCAGCAGCGCGCGGGAGGCGAGCCCCGGCGCUCGGACGCACGGCCGGCAGCUGGCGCAGCUCAGUGCGCAGCAGGCGGCGGGGCCGCCGCAAAGCAUCACGGAGGCGCACCUCCCCAGAGUGGUCACGGCUUUCCUGCACACGGGGGACUCGACCACCCUACAGCACGCCAACUGCUCGCGGAAGUUCGAGCUCCCCUACGUGCGGGGAAGGGCGCCGCACGCGGCCCCGCAUCACUCCAUGAGCGGCGUGCUGGACUCGGUGCUGCACGCCACCAACUUCCUGAACAUGAUCCUGCAAGCCAACAGGUCCAGGGAGCACAACCUCCGGAGAGACAUCGAAUGGUACCACGCCUUGGUGAGGAGCAUCCUGGAGGGGGACACCAAGAUCCACCGGGCGGUGGUGACCUUUGGCGGGGGGGCAUCCUUCGCGGGGCCCUCGGUGCUCCUCCAAGCCACCAGGGCCGGGGGGGAGAUCGUGCUCCAGGACCUCUCCGGCAGCGUGGCGCACCGCCGCCUGCACAACCGCAGCGCAGAGACGGAGUGGUACCACGAGAUGAAGGACGGGAGGAACACCAGCUUCCACAAAAGGCUCCUGAGCCAAGAUGUGCAGGAUGCUGGGAGGAGGCGAGCGGAGAGCUUCAUCCCGGACAGAGCCCACGUCAGGUGGUCUGCUCCUUACCUGGAGUGUGAAAAUGGGAAUUUUGUUCCUCGCUGGCUUUUGACUUUAUCCGCUGCUUUUUACGGCUUGAAGUCCAACCUGGCGCCUGAAUUCAGGGGCGUGGUGCGAGUGGACGUUAAUCUACAGGAUGUUGACAUCGACCAGUGCUCCUCUGACGGCUGGUUUGCAGGAACCCAUCGAUGCAACCUGACCACCAUGGAGUGUUUGCCUCUCCGCGGUCAUGGAUUUGUUUUGGGCAAGUACCAGUGCAGCUGCAAAAAAGGCUUCUACCACCCCAGCAGAGUCGCAGUCAAUGGCUUCACACAAUUUGUGAGGAAGGGGAAAGCUGCAGGCGGUGGUCGCAGCUCAGAUGAGGGUUCCUCCAUGGACUGCAUGCCCUGUGUGAAGAACUGUGCCUACUGCAAGGAUGACACCCCCUGUGUGGUGUUAGAGGAGGGCAUUCUUCGCUUGGUUGUGCUCUCCUUCCAGUGCCUCUGCAUGCUGAUCGUCUUCAUCAGCAUGGUGCUCAUAUACCACUUUCGGAGGAAUAAGAGCAUCAGAGCAUCAGGUGUCAUCCUGCUGGAGGCCAUUCUGUGUGGCGCUCUGCUUCUCUACUUUCCGGUUGGGAUUCUCUACUUUCAGCCAAGUGUUUUCCGCUGCAUUUUGCUUCGUUGGGUUCGACUGCUCGGUUUCGCCACUGUCUACGGGACACUUACUCUUAAACUGUACAGGGUGCUGAAGGUAUUCCUGUCCCGCACGGCUCAGAGGAUCCCCUAUAUGACCAGCUGGCGAGUGUUACGCCUACUGGCCAUCAUCCUGCUCAUCGUCUGCUGGUUCCUGGUGGCUUGGACAUCUGCUGUCUGUCAGAACCCAGACAGGAAGUUGGCGCUCAUCGAUGUGGGCUACACGCCCAACGACCGUCAGUUCAGCAUGUGUCUCCUGGAUCGCUGGGACUACAUGAUGGCUGUUGCGGAGUUCCUUUUCCUUCUGUGGGCAGUGUACCUUUGUUACGCAGUCAGGACCGUGCCGUCGGCUUUCCACGAACCUCGAUACAUGGCCUUUGCUGUUCACAAUGAGCUCAUCCUGUCAGCCAUAUUUCACGUGAUCAGGUAA